AGCUUACACCUGCUCACACUGAAUCAGAAUGAGUCAUUUGGAACUUGGGUGCCGGAACAAAGUGCUUGCGAACUGCCUGGUGAGGCUCUGCCUCCUUGUAGGUGGCUAGACCUCUGCCAGCAGUCACAUUGUUUUCCUCUCUCCCAUUCUCCUUCCAACAGGAGAAAUCCUGACGUUCCGGACAGCCUCUGCAGCUGGGCCAGCCUCGGCUCAGCCGACCCUACCAUGUGGACCCUGCUCCUCCACCACAGAUCAGGAGUUUUAAAGUAAAAUGGAUGACCUGACCUUGCUCGAUCUUCUGGAGUGCCCCGUGUGCUUUGAGAAGCUCGAUGUCACAGCCAAAGUCCUUCCUUGCCAGCACACCUUCUGCAAGCCAUGUCUACAGAGGAUUCUCAAAGCGCGCAAAGAGCUGCGGUGCCCCGAGUGCAGGACUCUGGUGUUUUGCAGCAUCGAGGCACUGCCAGCCAACCUGCUGCUCGUGCGCCUCCUGGAUGGUGUGCGCUCCGGGCACAGCCCCCGGAGAGGGAGCUCCUUUCGCAGGCCCAGCCUGCUGACCCUCCAGGACGGCAGGAAAAGCAGGAGUAACUCCAGAGGUCUGCCGGCUAGCCCGUUCCAGCUGGUGCCCGGGGUCAGACUGCACAUGGAAGGGGUACCUCGAGCAAAAGCAUUGUGCAGCUACAGAGGACAGAGUCCUGGCGACCUGAGCUUCACUAAAGGAGACGUCAUCCUCCUCCGCAGACAGCUUGACGAGAACUGGCUGCAGGGGGAGAUCGGUGGGGCCAGUGGGAUCUUCCCAGCCAGCGCUGUGGAAGUCAUCAAGCAGCUGCCCCAGCCUCCACCGCUCUGCAGGGCCCUCUACAACUUUGAUCUACGAACCAAGGACAAGAGCGAGAACCAAGACUGCCUGACCUUCCUCAAGGACGACAUCAUCACUGUGAUCAGCCGAGUGGAUGAGAACUGGGCUGAAGGCAAGCUGGGAGAUAAAGUGGGCAUCUUCCCUAUCUUGUUUGUGGAGCCAAACCUCACUGCAAGGCACCUACUGGAGAAGAACAAAGCCCACCAGUCAUCGCGCAACAAAAGCCUGUCGCUGGUGUCCUCAUCCUUCAGAGGCAAACCGACCAGCACACCCACUCUCCGUAGGGGACCAGGGUCCAGGAGGAAGGGGCCCGGGCAGUUCUCUAUCACGACAGCCUUGAAUACUCUCAACCGGAUGGUCCAUUCUCCGCCUGGGCGCCAGAUGGUAGAGAUCAGCACCCCAGUGCUUAUCAGCUCCAGCAACCCCUCUGUGACCACCCAGCACAUGGAGAAGGUGGACUUCACUCCCGGCUCUGUGGGACAGGUCAGCACUUACCACUCCAUGCCUGGUUCCCCGGGGCAUUCCACAGCCAUGGUCGGUCAACCUGGCUCCCAGCAACACCUCCCAGCCAACCUGUUUGUAGCCAUGCACUCAUACUCGGCCCAUGGACCUGAGGAGCUGGACCUGCAGAAGGGAGAAGGUGUCAGGGUCCUGGGGAAGUACCAGGACGGCUGGCUGAGGGGCAUCUCCCUGGUCACCGGGCGCGUGGGCAUCUUCCCCAACCAUUACGUCAUCCCUAUUUUCAGCAAGACCUCUAGUUUCCCGGAUUCCCGGAAUCCUGGUCUCUACGCCACAUGGACAUUAUCCACCUCUUCUGUGCCCUCGCAAGGCAGCGUUUCAGAAGGUGACCCCCGGCAGAGCCGACCCUUCAAGUCUGUCUUUGUGCCCACCGCUGUGGUCAGCCCUAUAAGGAGCACAGCAGGCACAGGGAUUUCAGGACAAGGGUCUCUUCGGAAAGGGCGGAGCAGCAUGAGAAAGAGUAAGUGGUGGCAGAGAGAUGGAUCCCUACAGAGGCCUGCUCAGUCUGGGGUUCCCACAGUUGUGGUGGGCUCCCUCAGGCGCAGCCCCACCGUGGUGGUACAACCGCAGCAGCUCCAGUUCUAUCAGCCGCAGGGAGUCCCCUCCACCCCUUCAGCAGUGCCAGAGAUGGGACCCAAGUCCACUCCUGUCGGGGAGCCUGGCCUCACAGGCAUCAGCAGAGGCAGCGACAGCAGGGUUCACUCAGCAGCUAGCUCCCUCAUCAUGGAAGGCAAGGAGGUUCCCGUCAAGAGUGAGCCUCUGUCGAAACCGCCUGCAUCUGCCCCGCCAUCAAUCCUGGUGAAACCAGAAAACUCAAGAAAUGGCAUCGAGAAGCAAGUCAAAACCGUGAGAUUUCAGAACUACAGCCCUCCUCCCACCAAACAUUACACCUCCCAACCCACCUCCAGCAAGCCUGAACAGCCAGCUACCCUUAAGGGGACCCAGCUUGAAGCAGCCUCCUCGGGCCCGGAAAUGACCGUCCUAUUCGCCCAUCGAAGCGGCUGCCACUCAGGCCAACAAACAGACCUCCGGAGAAAGCCACCAUUUGGCAAGGCCGUGACCCUAGUGCCCACGCAGACCAUGUUUCCCAGCAAAUGAAAUCUACAGGUGGCCUUUUCCUAGACCCCAAAAAGGUGAAUUGCAUUUAAAUACAGUCUGCCUCCACAGGGGGUGUCCUGCCAGUCUUUGGGGUCUUGGGAAUGGUCCUCAUGCUGCUUCUUUUACCAGACCACUCCUCCACCCCGUGACAGGAAAGGUACCAGCAGGAAUUCCUGCCCUUGGUGGGAGGGCAGAUCUGCUGAUC